AACAACGUAACAUACCUAUUUAAUUUGCAACUGGGCUUUGUGGCAACAUUAAAGAAGCAAGCUAGGAGGAGGAAUAUAAUUAAUCCCAGAACAUCACAGAAUGGACUUGCGUCUUCAUCGUUUUGCUCUGAGAAUAUAAUGCUAGAAACCGUUACAGACAGACAAACAGACGGCUUGGGUUCCUUAAUUAGAUUAUUGCCACUGUCCACUCGACUCCGGAUCUGGUUGGGUCGGCUAUAAACUGAAAUCCACACAAACAAAAAUACUUGUUUUUUUUUUUUUUAGAGUUUUAGCUAUCCAGCUCACCUUCCUUAAUUCUACUGUCCUGGUCCCUGAGAUUCAUCCCGACCAGUCCCAGGAUGCUGCUGAUUCAUCGGAUUAUUUCCUGUCCCCAUCUGGUAAGACUGCGGGACUGCUUGGAAGUUCACACUCCCAAUCCUCCCUUCCUGCGAUAAUCCCAGCUCCAAACCGGGGAGGUGUUGAGUGAAGGUGCCCGGAUUGGGGAACUCGAAUCCGUGGAAACCGAAUUUGGGUAUGGAGUUCAAGAUUUGGUUCCCGGAGAAUCCGGGGGCGAAUCCGGGAAUAGAAGGCCACGCGGCGGCGGCGGCAGAGGAAAUUUGGGGUCUGCUUAGAUUGUUGGCGCCGCCCAUAACCGCCCAGUGGCUUCUAAUCCCGGCGAAUUCAUGGAGACUGGCGGAAACGGAAGUACCCUGUUCGGAAACAGAGGCCUCUGCGGCGGCGGCGAGAGCAGAGGCGGGAAUUGUCCCGGUGCCGGUGGCGGCGAUAAUCGCCGGCUCCGCCUGCUGCAACAGCCACUGCACCGUCUCUCCGUCGGUCUUGUGACCCAACUCCCGAGUAAGCUGAAAGAUCCUGGCCGCACAGAGAGCAGGCAUGCGAAUUCUCCGACCUCGUCCAUCCACCUU